UGUCUUAACUUGACACCAGUGCAAAUGAAGUCAAUGAAAUUGUUGGAUGCAUUCGGAAACAUUUUCAGUUUUACCAUCAGUCGUAUAACAUCUUACUUAUACCGACUGCUGCAGAACGAACUCACCCUGGCACUUCACUGAAGAUAAGCAGACUAAAUCUGACCUAACCUAACCUAAUAACCGUUCAACAGGAGACGGACCGAUAUCUAGAGUACAUACAAGAGUAAGAGAGAGAAAGGCAGCAGGCACACACUAAUCGGCACCAUGCCUUGGGUCUUUUUCAUGAUGUCACCGCUCGAUGUUAUUUGCCCUUUGGUGUACAAAGCCCACAAGGUUUACGAACAUACCCUGGGUCACAUCAUUAGCCCUUUUCAAAUGUACAUACCUAUACAGUAUGCAUAUGGAUCUCAGCUGGUUCAUUUCGAGGAAAGUCAACACACCCACCAAAUCCGGCGAAUCUGCAACGAUGGAAAAUACCUUGACGAUAUAAUAUCAAACGACGUGUCGGUGCAGACCACAGUGUGCAGACAAAUAUUAUGAAGCAUAAGAUUUUGAGAUAUCCGCAUAUCCGAUAUAGCGAGAUUGGCAUUGAUAAGUUAUCUCAUUUCCGCGGAUACCCUCAAACUACCUCUUCAGGGUGAUGAUUACUCAAGCUUAAUAAAGAUUUCAUACUGACAGAAGCAAGUUAACCACGACAAUGGAGACUUAUCAGGUUGAAUCGAGCAAAGGAAAUUCUUCCAUGGAAUAUGUGGAUACUACUGUGUCUCAUCCAAAAGAUUCUAUUAGGUGGACAGAAACACGGAGGAGAAAAAGAAGGGGUCUGACAUUACAGCAUCCUUCUGAGCAACGUUUACAUGCACGUCAUGCUCGUUAUUUGCCUUCUAGGACUCUGGCGAGCUUCAACCAAGACGAGAAUGGUAAAAUGCAUUGUAUUGCAUCUGUGUUGCCAUAUGCAACACUUAGGAUUCCUAGAACUCCUCUUUCACCUACUGAAGAACAUGCUGUGGCCAUUGCCAGUCAGAUGGAGAGAGAUGAUGCCUUUAUGCAAGAUGAUCCAAUGUCAGAGUUGCUCAGAAUAGAAACAUUGAGGGAUAUGCCACAGUGUCUUAUGGUCAAGAGAUCGAUCAAAGCCAAAUUAACUAAGUCUGUCAGCCAAAAGGCAACAAGAAAGCCCAUUGGAUAUUGGAAACGUGUUAAAUAUACAAUCAGUAUAACUUUCAUGAAGAUCAGUAUGGCAAUGCGUGAAGUAGCUUCCACGAUAGAACUCUGGUAUCAUGCAAUUAAGUCCAUCGAAGGUCAAUUCGGAAGUGGUGUUGCUGCAUAUUUCAAAUUUUUACGUUGGCUUUUUCUUUUGAACAUGCUAUGUUGCAUUCUUAGUUUUUCGUUUAUUGUGCUUCCUCAAUCUUUAAAUGAUGUAUACACCGUUACCGAAUUUAGUGGUUUCGAUCUUCUAACAGGAGGUGGGUUCCUUACAAAUACAAUAAUGUAUUAUGGGUUUUAUACCAAUGGCACAGUAUCAAAAUUACUUAACAGUACGUACAGCAUACCGUCGGCAUAUUUCUUUACGUUACUGUGCUGUUACAUAUUCGUUUUCAUACUCCUUUCGGUAAAGGUUGCGCAUUCAUAUCGAAAGUGUUACAUCGAGACAGCAGGCGGUGUAUACAAUCUUUAUGCGAGUAAAAUAUUCUGUGGCUGGGAUUUCGGUAUAGCCUCGAUGAAAGCAGCAAGUCUUAAGUCAGCUUCGAUUUACGGGGAACUGAAAGAAUUUCUAGCCGAUGCAGAGAAACAAUCUUAUCCGAACUGUGCCACAAAAUACUAUGCACUGUUUGUUCAAACAUCCAUGACUCUGUUGGUGCUGGCCAUAAUGGUUGGCACGGGAGUACUACUGUGGAUAUUGCUCAGCAGAUAUGAGACUGAUAAUAGCAAUGCUUUGUCGCUGUUGAUAGUGCCACUAGUAAUCACUGCCAUCAUGAAUCUUUAUCCUACCUUUGUAUCAUGGCUGGUCAGAUACGAGGGAUACAAUAGCAAGCGUGUUGCUCUUUACGUCAAGAUGAUUCGCAAUUCUGCAAUGGCUGUGGUAGUAGUGGGUACUCUCCUUUUUUUCUGGCUAACUGGAAGUACAACCGGAUGUUGGCAAACGGUAUUAGCACAAGAACUCUACCGUUUGAUUUUGAUGGACUUUAUCGCUUCCAUCGUGGGAACUUUUUUAGCUCAAAUGAUACGGUCCCACUUGUACGUUCUGUUCUGCAAAAACGUCAAAGCGCCGCGUUUUCAUAUAGCACAGAAUACCCUUAAUCUGAUUUACAAUCAGACGUUGUUCUUGGUGGCAUUCUACUUUAGUCCUCCGAUGUCCUUCGUCAUUGUCAUCAAGAUGAUUAUGACGUUUUACAUAAAAAAACACGGCGUUCUCAACCAUUGUGAACCACCCUCCAGAUCUUGGAGGGCAGCCCAAACCCACACCCUCUUCCUGGCACUAGCUUUCUUAGGAAUGGUCGGCGUUCUUGUCACUCUUGGGUACGUUAUUAUGUACGUUCCUAUUAGCGACUGCGGGCCGUUUCGUGGAUAUACCUAUACUUGGGAGGUCAUGGUCGAGGGUAUUCUGCAAUUGAAACGAGACAGCACCUUCUGGAUGAUCGUUAUUGAACUCGCGAGACCUGCUGUGGGUGGAGCUAUACUUAUCGGAAUGUGUGUUGCUGUAUACUAUCUGCAUGCCAAGGCGGAAGCUACAAAGAAGAUGGUGCGGAUAUUGCGUGAGAUGCUGGUUCUAGAAUCUCACGAUAAGGAAUUUCUGCUAAAGAGUUUUACCAAAGUGGCAGAUGAACAUUGGUUGUUCAACAAUUCAUCGACGUCACUGCACGAUAGUGUGCCAUCAAAUGAAGAGGAAGUACCCUUCGUUUUGCAAUCACCCCCCAAAAGCAGACGUACCAGCCAACUUUUCUCCCGCACUUCAAGACCCAGUGUUAUUUCUACUAAUGAGACACCCACCGAUCAUCUCCCGAGAUUCGCUUGUCCGACCAAUUUCACGAAAUGCGAUAUUGAACUGGAGAAACUACGGAAGACCAGCACCCUGUCGGACCCUGGGUUACAAGGUACUCCAUCCAAUUCGAGGAUUGAACAACGAAAAACUAGUCAUUUAGAACCGUCGACUAGCGACGGCAAGUCUUCGAUGCGAUACGACUUUUUAUACUGAUAACUGAUCAAUCAAAAAGAAAUAGAAAAAAUGUGUCUAGAUAGCGAAUACUUAAACCAAUUAUUAUUGAUAAAUGCAAAAGAUAAUCGAUUGACGAAUAAUCAAAAUGUUCACGAACGAACUCAAAAGUUUUAUGCGAGCACUUGUGCACGUAAAAGGUGGAAUGCAUAUAACUUUGGGGAGUGUCUAAGGAAACAUAAAAAUCCUAAUGGAUUUUAUAGAUAAUUUUAUUUUUGACAAAUCUACGCGAGUAACUUGCAAUGAAUAACGAAAGUAUUUCUAUGUCAAUUAUAUUUGUGCCAAAAGUGUUACGUCGCGUGAUAACAUUUUUUAAGGAACUAUUUAUUAUGAGAUGUGUAUUUACUUUUACUAUCACAGAUGGAACGAAUAAACUAUUUUCUUCCAAA